AGGGGAGUUUCCAGCAUGCCAGAGAUAUGGAUGGAUUGAACGAAGCAAGUUCUGUCAAUUAGCUAUUGUUGGGAAGGAAGAAGAGGAAAAUGGAGGAGGUAGGAAUGAAGAGAGGAAUGGACCAGGAAGAUGAAGACUCAGGAGAUGAGGGUAAGGGACAAAAAGAAGGGCAAGGAGCAGGAGGACAAGAAGGAGAACCAAGUGGAGUAGGAGUUGAGCAUCAGCAGCAAAAAGAAAAUAACAAAAAACAAAUUGAUCUUCAGAAAGAAGAGCAUGGCAAUGCUCUUCUAGGAUCAGAAUCAAAGUUACUGAAGCAAGAAGCUGUAUCCACUCAUUCCACUGGUAUACCUGAAGCUACAGUGUAUGCUGGACAAGUGUUCUAUCAACGAGAUGAGAGUAGAGAUUUAAUGAUAUUUACAGCUGCAAAAGAUUUGAAUCCUUUACGCCAGUACAUUAGAAAAGAACAUUCUCAUCCAGAGUUUGAUCAAAGCAUUAAAUUCAAACUCACUUCUUCACCAAAAGGAUGUAUUGAAUUAAUAUUUAAUGAUAAGCAUCAAACAGAGCUAAUAACUGGAUGGAAAAUUAAACCACAUUUGAUGCCUUGUCAAAUUGAAGAAGAAGAUAUACUAAGCUUUGGUGACAUCUGUACUACAAUUCCUCCAUCUUGCCUGGUAUCAAUAUAUGCUGAGAAUAGUCCCUAUACUGUACCUAACUUGAGUUAUUCUGUACCAUUGAAAGGUGUACAGAAAUCAAAAGAAAUUGUUAUUAACAGAUCAUUAAAAACAAAAUCAUCAUCAGAUCCUGUUACUAACAACAGAUCACCUCCUUCAGCUCCUCCUCCUCCUUCAAACAGUACAUUUAGAGGUGAUAUUGCUCAUAGAGUAAUGACAGAAUGUACUUCAUCAAUAAAGGACUGUGGAAUUGAUAUCAACUUUUUAGUUGAUAAGUUGCUAGAACACAAAAUUGUAAAUUCAAGAGAGAAAAGGAAAAUAACUGCUAAAGAAACUGACGAUGACAAAAUGGAUGAAUUGCUUCACAUCAUUUUGAGUUCUAUUCGUAUGAAUGAAAAAGUGUUUGGUAUAUUCAUAGAUAUACUGAGAGAGGAAGACACUUUAAGAACUAUUGCACUAGCUGAUACACUAAUGGACAAGUAUAAGGAAUAAAAUCAA